GAGCAAGGGAGUAGGUCCGGAGACUGCGGGGGUCUGUGGCCUGAUCACCUAGGAGAGCCACUCCUGGUGGCCAUGAGAGAGACCCUGGAGGCCCUGAACUCCUUGGGAUUCUCAGUGGGACAGCCAGAGAUGGCUCCCCAAAGCGAGCCCAGGGAUGGGUUCAACAAUGCCCAGGAGAAGGUGCCAUCAUCUUCUAAAGAAGAGAGCACGCUUCGUUCCUGCUCAGGGCAUGAGACCCCUGGCCAGAAAGAAGGCAUCCACACAGAACAAGCUGAAGCUCCUUGUAUGGGCAGCCAGGCCUGUACCCCACAGAAGGCAGAGCCUGCAUGCUCUGUCCCAGGGGAGGAAUGGAUGAUUCGGAAGGUAAAGGUAGAGGAUGAGGAACAGGAGGCAGAGGAGGAGGUGGAAUGGCCCCAGCAUCUCUCCUUCCUUCCCAGUCCUUUUCCCACUCCUGACUUGGGUCAGUUGGCUGUUGCAUACAAAUUGGAGCCAGGGACUCCGGGGACACUAGGUGGAAUCGCACUGUCGGGGUGGGCCCCGAUCCCUGAAAAGCCUUACGGCUGCGAGGAAUGCGAGCGGCGUUUCCGGGAUCUGCUAACUCUGCGGCUGCACCAGAGGUUGCACCGGGGUGAGGGUCCUUGUGCCUGCCCGGACUGUGGCCGCAGCUUCACGCAGCGUGCUCAUAUGCUCCUACACCAACGCAGCCACCGCGGAGAGCGUCCCUUCCCGUGCUCCGAGUGCGAUAAGCGCUUCAGCAAGAAGGCCCACCUGACCCGCCACCUGCGCACGCACACUGGCGAGCGUCCCUACCCAUGCGCUGAGUGCGGCAAACGCUUCAGCCAGAAGAUUCACCUAGGCUCGCAUCAGAAAACCCACACCGGAGAGCGGCCCUUCCCCUGCACCGAAUGCGAGAAGCGUUUCCGCAAGAAGACACACCUGAUCCGCCACCAGCGUAUCCACACGGGCGAGAGGCCGUACCAGUGUACCCAGUGCACACGUAGCUUCACACACAAGCAACACCUGGUGCGACACCAGAGGGUGCACGAUGCUGCUAGCCGCACCCGGUCCUCUCCGGACGUUCCUGCUACUCCUCACUCCCCCACCGCGUCUCUUACCUCGUCCCCUCCUGGGCCCAAGCCUUUCGCUUGUUCCCAUUGCGGGCAGAGCUUUGGCUGGAAAAAGAACCUCGCUACGCACCAGAGUCUGCAUCUCACCGAGGGUCGUCCUUUUGGGUGCGAUGAAUGUGCCCUCGGCACCAACGUGGACCCCGCCGCCGCCGAGCCAUCAACCUGCACGCCCCACGCGUCUGACUGUGGCACGGGUUCGGAGCCCGCGGCACCCCAGCGUACCGCCUCCAGCGAGCGCUCCUUCUUCUGCCCCGACUGCGGGCGCGGCUUCGCCCACGGACAGCACCUAGCCCGGCACCGGCGCGUGCACACGGGCGAAAGGCCGUUUGCCUGUGCUCAGUGUGGCCGACGCUUCGGCUCACGCCCCAAUCUAGUCGCCCACUCCCGGGCCCACAGCGGCGCCAGACCUUUUGCCUGUGCGCAGUGUGGCCGCCGCUUCAGUCGCAAAUCUCACCUGGGCCGCCACCAGGCAGUGCACACUGGCAGCCGCCCCCACGCUUGCGCCGUCUGCGCCCGCUGCUUCAGCUCCAAAACCAACCUGGUCCGCCACCAGGCGAUCCAUACGGGCUCCCGCCCCUUUUCCUGCCCUCAGUGCGCCAAGAGCUUCAGCCGCAAGACCCACCUGGUGCGGCACCAACGCAUCCAUGGGGAAGCGGCCCUCCCAGCCCCAGCCUCGAACCUCUCUGCUCCAGCCUGGUCCAAUCCCUCCGAGGUGGUACCACCCCCAAUCUUUUUCUAAGCGGAUUUCUGACCCGUCUCCUGCCUCCACCCCCCGCCCCCCAACUUGGGAGACUCAUGCCUGGAGACUUAGUGAGUUUUCAACAUUCACACGUAGGUUGCUGCCAAAGCACCAGGACACUUGAGUCAUUGACCUUUCUUUAAUGUUUAGCCGAGAAGUCCGAAAAACAUACUUAGCUCUUGACAGUUUUGACAACACACAGACUAUCCUUGCAGAUUCCACACUGAGAACCAGGCACUCCUGGGGAUCAACCAGGUCAACGGGAGACUGGCUGAGCAAGAGACCUCUAAAUAGAGGGAAAGAAUAGUUAUUUAUGUACUUGAAGUUCAUUGAAGUUCAAAUCUGAGGUUCUGGGGCUGUUAACUGAGCCAGGGGAAGAAAGCCUGACUAACUACUCACUGCCACCUCCUUCCACAGGAAAAAGACCUCUCCUGUCAGUCCAGGAAGUAAACUUAGCUAGCUGGUUCUUCCCAACCAAAGUGUAAUAUGCACGUUUGCCAAACACCUACCAUGGUCCCGCGCGUGGGCGCAGACAUGUGCGUAUGUGUAGCAUAGAAAUCUGACUUGGAGGGAGUAGGUGAGGACCAGAGCUCUUAGGCUGCUCCCCGGGGGACCAGCAUUGUUACUCUAGGUGCUGCAGCUCCUUACUACCUGUUUGCAGCCCUUCAAGAAGUUUCCCGGAAGCAUCCUUACCUGCACCUGCCUAGGAGACACAGAAGGAGCCAGCGCUUGAACAGGCUGUAAAGGUUGUUUCUCUACCAAUUUUUCCAUCUUGCGAGGAGUGCUGGAGCCUGAAGGUAUUGCAGCUGUACACCCAGCUGGGGCUGGCAGAAGCAGAGGGGCCUGCCUGACAGCGAGGGGAGCAGUGGGGGAUGGGGUACGUGUUUAGAGAGAAUUGUUUUGUAUUCGACCUCAUAGAGAACUUGGAGGAAAUCCUUUACUCUCCCGGAACUUCAAUUUCUCAUUAAAACUAGAGCUGGUUGUUGAUGAAAGCGGAGACUCCUUUCUAUCCUAUUACUAGAUUACUAACAACAGAAAUACCCAAGGCAACUGUCUCCUGGGUGCUAAGCACUGAGAAGGGUCAGAAGCCAGUUAGCAAGGAUCCUUCCUUCCGUCAGCUUAAGUGGGUUUCCUGGUUUCUGUUUCUGUUGCUGUGAUAAACUACUGACCUUGAGCGGGAGAGGGUUAUUUGUUUUGUACUUUCAAGUCACAGUCCUCGAAGUCAGGGCAGGAACUGAAGCAUAGGUCAAGGAGGGAAGAAAUACUGCCAUUUGGCUUGUUCUCAUGACUUGUUCAGGACCACCUGCUUAGGGGUGGCACUGCCUGCAGAGGAGGCCCCUCCCAC